AUGGAGGUGGUGGGCGACUUCGAGUACAGCAAGCGGGACCUCGUGGGACACGGGGCCUUCGCCGUGGUCUUCCGGGGGCGGCACCGCCAGAAAACUGAUUGGGAGGUAGCUAUUAAAAGUAUUAAUAAAAAGAACCUGUCAAAAUCACAAAUACUGCUUGGGAAGGAAAUUAAAAUCUUAAAGGAACUUCAGCAUGAAAACAUUGUAGCACUCUAUGAUGUUCAGGAAUUACCCAACUCUGUGUUUCUGGUGAUGGAGUAUUGCAAUGGUGGAGACCUGGCAGAUUAUUUGCAAGCUAAGGGCACACUCAGCGAGGACACCAUCAGAGUGUUUCUGCAUCAGAUCGCAGCUGCCAUGCGCAUUCUGCACAGCAAGGGCAUCAUCCACAGGGACCUCAAGCCCCAGAACAUCCUGCUGUCCUACGCCAGUCGCAGGAAGUCCAGUGUCAGUGGUAUUCGCAUCAAAAUAGCUGAUUUUGGUUUUGCUCGUUACUUGCAUAGUAACAUGAUGGCUGCCACGCUGUGCGGGUCCCCAAUGUACAUGGCUCCUGAGGUUAUCAUGUCUCAACAUUAUGAUGCCAAGGCUGACUUGUGGAGCAUCGGGACAGUGAUAUAUCAGUGCCUCGUUGGAAAGCCACCUUUUCAGGCUAAUAGUCCUCAAGACCUAAGGAUGUUUUAUGAAAAAAACAGGAACUUAAUGCCUAGCAUUCCCAGAGAAACAUCACCUUAUUUGGCUAAUCUUCUUUUGGGUUUGCUUCAGAGAAACCAAAAAGAUAGAAUGGACUUUGAAGCAUUUUUCAGCCAUCCUUUCCUUGAGCAAGUUCCAGUAAAAAAAUCCUGCCCAGUCCCGGUGCCCGUGUACGCUGGCUCUGCCUCUGGAGGCUCCUAUGGCAGCUCUCCGUCCUGUCGUUUCGCCUCUCCACCGUCCCUUCCAGAUAUGCAGCAUAUUCAGGAAGAAAACUUAUCCUCCCCACCAUUGGGUCCUCCCAACUAUCUCCAGGUGUCCAAAGAUUCUGCCAGUACUAGUAGCAAGAACUCUUCUUGUGACACGGAUGACUUUGUUUUGGUUCCACACAACAUCUCGUCAGACCACUCAUAUGAUAUGCCAAUGGGAACUGCUGGCAGACGUGCUUCUAAUGAGUUCUUGGUGUGUGGAGGGCAGUGCCAGCCCUCCGUGUCCCCACACAGCGCAGCUGCCCCCAUUCCCGUCCCCACCCAGGUGAGGAACUACCAGCGCAUAGAGCAGAACCUCACCUCCACUGCUGGCUCCAGCACAAAUCUACAUGGCUCUCCACGAUCUGCAGCGGUACGAAGGUCUAACACCAGCCCUCUGGGCUUCCUCCGUCCGGGAUCUUGCUCCCCAGCGCCAGCAGAUGCGGUUCCGGCCAUAGGACGAAGACUCUCCACUGGCUCUUCCAGGCCUUACUCACCUUCCCCUCUGGUGGGCACCAUUCCUGAGCAGUUCCGUCAGUGCUGCUGCGGGCAUCUUCAGGGUCACGAAUCCAGGAGUAGGAACUCAUCAGGUUCUCCCGUGCCGCAGGCCCAGUCACCACAGCCUCUCCUGUUGGGCGCUAGACUGCAGAGCGCUCCCACCCUCACCGACAUCUACCAGAACAAGCAGAAGCUCAGAAAACAGCACUCUGACCCUGUGUGCCCAUCCCAGGCUGGGGCAGGCUACAGCUGCUCCCCCCAGCCCAGCCGGCCUGGCAGCCUCGGGACCUCCCCCACCAAGCACAGCGGGUCCUCCCCGCGGAGCUCAGACUGGCUCUUCAGAACUCCGUUACCAACCAUCAUUGGCUCUCCUACUAAGACCACGGCUCCUUUCAAAAUUCCCAAAACGCAAGCAUCUUCCAACCUUCUCGCCUUGGCCACUCGCCAUGGGCCUUCCGAGGGGCAGCCAAAAGACGGGAACAACCCAAGGAAAUGCACUCACUGUGUCCUGGUUCAAGGAGGGGAGAGGCAGAAGUCCGAGCAUCAGGUCAAGGCAGCGUUUGGCAGGUCCAUCAGUACUGGGAAAUUAUCAGAUCAACAAGUAAAAACACCUUUUGGUGGACAUCAGGGCAGCACGGACAGUUUAAAUACAGAACGACCAAUGGAUACAGCCCCUGCAGGAGCCUGUGGUGUUGCCCUGGCCCCUCCUAUAGGAGCAGCAGCAAGUCCCAGGGCUGUGAUGUUCACAGUGGGGUCUCCCCCACACAGGGCCGCAGCCACCACGUGUGCCCACAUGGGCCUUCGGAUAAGAACCACCUCAGGGGGCUCUAGCGGCUCCGGGGGCUCUCUGUGCUCCAUCGGUGGCCAUGUGUGUGGGGGUUCCCCACCUGGGCUGUGCUCGGGGUCUCCCCCUCCGGGAGCAGAAGCGGCCCCCAGCCUGAGACAUGUGCCUUGUGGUGCUUCACCCCCCAGCCUGGAGGGUCUCGUAACCUUUGAAGCCCCCGAACUGCCAGAGGAAACGCUGAUGGAGCAAGAACAUGCAGACACCUUACGCCACCUGAACUCAAUGCUGCUGUUCACGGAGUGUGUGCUGGACCUGACAGCUGUGCGCGGGGGGAGCCCGGAGCUCUGCGCAUCGGCCGUCUCCGUGUACCAGAUCCAGGAGAGUGCGGUGGUGGACCAGAUCAGCCAGCUGAGCAAGGACUGGGGGCGAGUAGAGCAGCUCGUGUUGCACAUGAAAGCUGCACAACUCCUAGCAGCCUCUCUGCAUCUCGCCAAAGAGCAGAUCAAAUCCGGGAAGCUGAGCCCGUCCUCGGGUGUGAAGCAAGUUGUCAAAAAUCUGAAUGAACGAUAUAAAUUCUGCAUUAUCAUGUGCAAGAAAUUGACAGAAAAGCUGAAUCGCUUCUUCUCUGACAAGCAGAGAUUUAUUGAUGAAAUCAACAGCGUAACUGCAGAGAAACUCAUCUAUAACUGUGCUGUAGAAAUGGUUCAAGCCGCAGCCUUGGAUGAAAUGUUUCAGCAGACUGAAGAUAUUGUUUAUCGCUAUCAUAAGGCAGCCCUUCUUCUGGAGGGCUUAACUAAGAUUCUUCAGGACCCGGCAGACAUUGAAAACAUCCACAGAUAUAAAUCUAGUAUUGAAAGAAGAUUGUCAGCACUCUGCUAUAGCACCUCAGCCUUGUGA